AUGAUGACGGAAGAGCACACGGAUCUGGAGGCACGGAUCAUCAAGGACAUUCACUGCAAGGAGAUAGACUUGGUGAACCGAGACCCCAAGAACAUCAAUGAGGACAUCGUGAAGGUAGAUUUUGAAGACGUGAUCGCGGAGCCCGAGGGCACCUACAGCUUCGACGGCGUGUGGAAGGUGAGCUUCACCACUUUCACCGUCUCCAAGUACUGGUGCUACCGCCUGCUGUCUACACUGCUGGGCGUGCCACUGGCCCUGCUCUGGGGAUUCCUGUUCGCCUGUAUCUCCUUCUGCCACAUCUGGGCCGUGGUGCCCUGCAUUAAGAGCUACCUGAUCGAGAUCCAGUGCAUCAGCCACAUCUACUCACUGUGUAUCCGCACCUUCUGCAACCCGCUCUUUGCUGCGCUGGGCCAGGUCUGCAGCAACAUCAAGGUGGUGCUGCGAAGGGAAGGCUAAAGCCAGGCUGGGCUGUGGGGAAAGCCGGGCAGGGGGAACAAGGCCGGGUGAGCACCCCGGCUCUGCUCCACCUGGGCUGCUGGAGAGCUCAUUCUUUUGAGGUUGCUCUCAAUUCCACCUCAACAUGGGAGUGCAUGGUGCAGGGGAGCCAGGAUGAAAGACAGCCCAGUGUGGAGACACAGGCACCCCUGCUCCUCUCAGCCUACCAUGAUCCCCAGCGGCCCUGCCUGAGCAGAGGGUUCCUUAAGAGGCAGCUAGCGCAAGGCGUUGCGUUCACACGUACUGUAAUAGCACAAACCAGCACCAAGCAGUCUUCUAGAGGUGUGACUCGGCUCCUAAUGCUAGGGAGAGCAAGC